UCGCUCUGCCCACCAGCAGAAGCUGGAGAGAUGGCACUGCAGUUUGAAGCCUUCUAUGCAGGGGGCCUGGCCCCGGGCUGGAACCUGCUGGUCCAGGGACACUCUGACUCUGGAGAGGACAAGUUUGAGAUCAACUUCCUAUCCGAGGCAGGGGACAUCGUCUUCCACAUCAAGCCCCGGUUCUCCAGUGCCACCAUGGUGGCCAACACCUUCCAGGGGGGCCGCUGGGGCCAGGAGGAGGUGUCCAGCGUCUUCCCGCUGGUGCUCGGGGAGCCCUUCGAGAUGGAGGUCAGCUCGGACGCGGAGCACUUCCACGUGCACGCCCAGGAGCACAAGGUGCUGCAGUUUGCCCACCGCCACAGGCCGCUGGCCGCCGUCACGCGGGUGCAGGUGCUAAGCGACCACCGCCUGGCCCAGGUGGAGCUGGCCAGGAAAGGCCUGAGCUGGGGGGAUGGGGGUUACUGAGCUGUGCCCGAAGCCCCAGGAGUGAGCCUUGGCCGUUGGCCAUCCCGCGUCCAGUGAAGCUCCCGGGAGGAAGCUGUGGUUCUGGGCUCCCCAUUCCAGCUCCACCUUCAAUAAAGUCUGAGCAGGCUGCA